AUGGAGAGCGAGGUUUUCACUCCCCUUCUGGAGCAAUUCAUGGCCAGCGCCUUGGUCACUUGGGUUAAAACGUUUGGACCUCUGGCUGCUGCAGGGAGCGGGACCCACUUGGAUGAAUAUGUGGCGUUGGUGGACGGCAUAUUCCUGAACCAGGUCAUGCUGCAAAUAAAUCCCAAAUCGGAAAGUCAGAGAGUAAAUAAAAAAGUCAACAACGAUGCCUCACUUAGAAUACAAAAUUUAUCCAUUUUGGUGAGACAAAUAAAAUCUUAUUAUCAGGAAACUUUACAGCAGUUGAUCAUGAUGUCUUUGCCAAAUAUCCUAAUCAUUGGCAAAAAUCCCUUUUCUGAACAAGGAACAGAAGAAAUUAAAAAACUGCUGUUACUUUUAUUGGGCUGCGCAGUUCAGUGUCAGAAGAAAGAAGAAUUCAUUGAAAAAAUCCAAGAUUUAGAUUUUGACACCAAAGCAGCAAUCGCGGCCCACAUACAAGAGGUAACGCAUAAUCAGGAAAAUGUGUUUGAUAUGCAAUGGAUGGAGGUGACUGACAUGCCUCAAGAGCAUCUGGAGCCACUCUUGAAAAAUAUGGCACUGCAUUUGAAAAGACUUAUCGAUGAGAGAGAUGAGCAUUCUGAGACCAUCAUAGAACUGUCUGAAGAACGAGAUGGCCUUCACUUUCUCCCACAUGCCUCAUCUGCACAAUCGCCCUGUGGCUCCCCAGGCAUGAAACGCACUGAAAGCAGACAGCAUCUCUCGGUGGAACUCGCCGACGCAAAGGCAAAAAUAAGAAGGCUCAGACAGGAACUGGAGGAGAAGACGGAGCAAUUAUUAGACUGUAAACAAGAACUCGAACAGAUGGAAACAGAACUAAAGCGGCUGCAACAAGAGAAUAUGAACUUACUUUCGGAUGCUCGCUCUGCCAGAGUGUACCGAGAUGAAUUGGAUGCCCUUCGAGAGAAGGCGAUCAGAGUUGACAAACUUGAAAGUGAAGUCAGUCGAUAUAAAGAAAGAUUGCAUGAUAUUGAAUUUUACAAGGCGAGAGUUGAGGAAUUAAAAGAAGACAAUCAAGUAUUACUGGAAACAAAGACCAUGUUGGAAGACCAAUUAGAAAAUACCAGAGCUCGUUCUGAUAAAUUACAUGAAUUAGAAAAAGAAAAUCUGCAACUGAAGGCCAAACUACACGAUAUGGAAAUGGAGCGUGAUCUGGAUAGGAAGAAGAUUGAAGAGUUGAUGGAAGAAAAUAUGACUUUGGAGAUGGCUCAGAAACAAAGUAUGGAUGAAUCAUUACAUCUUGGCUGGGAACUGGAGCAAAUAUCCAGAACUAGUGAACUUUCUGAAGCUCCACAAAAAUCUCUGAGCCACGAAGUGAAUGAAUUAGCAUCAAGUAGGUUGCUGAAGCUGGAAAUGGAAAACCAAAGCUUGGUGAAGACUGUGGAAGAGCUUCGGAGUUCUGUGGGUUCAGUAGAAGGCAAUAAUUCCAAAAUUCUGAAACUGGAAAAGGAAAACCAGAGGCUGAGCAAAAAGUUGGAAGGACUUGAGAAUGAAAUUAGUCAAGAGAAGCAAAGCCUUCAAAAUAGUCAAAAUCUGAGUAAGGACCUCAUGAAGGAGAAAGCACAGCUUGAAAAAACAAUCGAAACACUUAGAGAAAAUUCAGAAAGACAGAUUAAAAUACUGGAACAGGAGAAUGAACAUCUGAAUCAAACCGUGGCUUCCCUGAGGCAGCGCUCCCAGAUAAGUGCCGAGGCAAGAAUGAAAGACAUUGAGAAAGAAAAUAAAAUCCUACAUGAAUCUAUCAAAGAGACAAGCAGCAAGUUAAAUAAGAUUGAAUUUGAAAAGAGACAAGUUAGAAAGGAAUUAGAGCACUUUAAAGAAAAAGGAGAAAGAGCAGAAGAGCUCGAAAAUGAGUUGCAUCAUCUGGAAAAGGAAAAUGAGUCGUUACAGAAAAAGAUAACCAAUUUAAAAAUUACUUGUGAGAAGAUUGAAUCUUUAGAACAGGAAAAUUCCGACCUGGAAGUGGAAAACAGAAAAUUAAAAAAGACACUAGAUAGCUUAAAAAAUCUUACUUUUCAACUUGAGUCCUUGGAGAAGGAGAAUUCUCAGCUGGAUGAAGAAAACUUAGAACUGCGAAGAUCGGUAGAAUCUUUAAAGUGUACCAGUAUGAAGAUGGCUCAACUGCAAUUAGAAAAUAAAGAGUUGGAAAGUGAAAAAGAGCAACUGAAGAAAGGCCUUGAACUCAUGAAGGCUUCUUUCAAGAAAACCGAGCGUUUAGAAGUCAGUUACCAAGGUCUGGAUACAGAAAACCAAAGACUGCAGAAAGCCCUUGAAAACAGCAAUAAAAAAAUUCAGCAGUUGGAAGUUGAACUCCAGGAUUUGGAGACUGAAAAUCAAACACUACAGAAGAGUCUAGAAGAAUUAAAAAUUUCCAGUAAGCGACUGGAGCAGCUAGAAAAGGAGAAUAAGUUAUUAGAGCAAGAGACUUCUCAACUGGAAAAAGAUAAAAAGCAACUAGAAAAGGAGAAUAAGAGACUCCGGCAACAAGCAGAAAUAAAAGACAUUACAUUAGAAGAAAAUAAUGUAAAAAUUGGAAAUCUGGAAAAGGAGAGUAAAUCCCUCUUCAAAGAAAUAGCUGUAUUUAAGGACUCCUGUGUACGACUAAAAGAGUUAGAAAAAGAAAACAAGGAGCUCGUAAAGAGAACAACUAUUGAUAAAAAAACACUUCUAACAUUGCGUGAGGAUUUGGUGAGUGAAAAGCUAAAGACUCAACAGAUGAAUAACGAUUUAGAAAAACUUACUCACGAACUCGAAAAGAUAGGGUUAAAUAAAGAACGCCUCUUGCACGAUGAGCAGAACACUGAUGACAGUAGGUACAAGCUUUUGGAGUCAAAAUUAGAGUCUACCCUGAAGAAAUCCCUUGAAAUAAAAGAAGAGAAAAUUGCAGCUUUGGAAGCUCGAUUAGAAGAAUCCACAAAUUUCAAUCAACAACUGCGUCAAGAGCUUAAAACAGUGAAAAAGAACUAUGAAGCUCUCAAACAAAGGCAAGAGGAGGAGAGGAUGGUACAGAGCUCUCCUCCAAGAGUGGGUGAAGAGAAUCAGUCUGUUCGUAAAUGGGAGAGAGAAAGUCAAGAAACUACAAGAGAACUUUUGAAGGUCAAAGAUAGAUUAAUCGAAGUGGAGAGAAAUAAUGCUACCCUGCAGGCAGAGAAGCAAGCAUUGAAAACUCAGUUGAAGCAACUCGAGACCCAGAAUAAUAAUCUUCAGGCUCAGAUUCUGGCACUUCAGAGACAGACUGUGUCCUUGCAGGAGCAAAAUACCACCCUACAGACUCAGAAUGCCAAACUUCAGGUUGAAAAUUCUACUCUUAAUUCUCAAAGCACUUCACUAAUGAACCAGAAUGCACAACUACUUAUACAGCAGUCUUCCUUAGAAAAUGAAAAUGAAACUAUAAUCAAGGAACGAGAGGAGCUGAAAUUGCUUUAUGAAUCACUCGUCAAAGAUCAUGAAAAAUUGGAACAUCUUCACGAACGCCAAGCUUCUGAGUAUGAAUCUCUUAUUGCCAAGCACGGAAGCCUGAAAUCUGCCCACAGAAACCUUGAGGUGGAGCAUAAAGACCUUGAAGAUCGUUACAAUCAGUUGCUGAAACAAAAGGGACAGCUGGAAGAGUUGGAAAAAAUGGUCAAAGUGGAACAAGAGAAAAUGCUUCAGGAAAAUAAAAAACAUGAAACUGUAGCUGCAGAUUACAAAAAACUUUGUGGUGAAAAUGAUAGGCUGAAUCACACUUAUAGUCAGCUACUGAAAGAUACUGAAGCUCUCCAAACGGACCAUAAGAAUUUGAAGAGCCUAUUAAAUAAUUCCAAACUGGAGCAAACCAGAUUAGAAGCUGAAUUUUCUAAAUUAAAGGAACAGUACCAACAAUUGGAUAUUACAUCCACAAAAUUGAAUAAUCAGUGUGAGUUGCUUAGUCAGCUUAAAGGAAACUUAGAAGAAGAAAACCGGCACCUGCUGGAUCAAAUUCAGACAUUAAUGCUACAAAAUAGAACACUAUUGGAACAAAAUAUGGAAAGCAAGGACCUAUUCCACGUUGAACAAAGACAGUAUAUUGAUAAGUUAAAUGAACUCAGAAGGCAGAAGGAGAAAUUGGAAGAAAAAAUUAUGGAUCAGUAUAAAUUUUAUGAGCCAUCACCUCCUAGAAGAAGAGGCAACUGGAUUACUCUAAAAAUGAGGAAACUGAUAAAGUCUAAGAAAGAUGUUAAUCGGGAACGUCUGAAGUCUUUAACGCUAACCCCUACCCGCUCUGAAUCAAGUGAAGUAUUUCUUCAGCUACCCCUUCAGGACAGCCAAGACAGUUCUUCAGUGGGUUCUAACUCUCUGGAAGAUGGCCAAACCCUGGGGACCAAGAAGAGCAGCAUGGUUGCACUGAAAAGACUGCCCUUUUUGAGGAACAGACCGAAGGAUAAAGACAAAAUGAAGGCCUGCUAUCGUCGCUCCAUGUCCAUGAAUGACCUGGUGCAGUCCAUGGUCCUAGCAGGAGGACAAUGGACAGGUAGUACUGAGAAUUUGGAGGUUCCAGAUGAUAUUUCUACGGGUAAAAGGAGAAAAGAGUUGGGAGCUAUGGCCUUCUCGACUACAGCAAUCAACUUUGCAACCGUCAACUCUUCUACGGGAUUCAGAUCCAAGCAGUUGGUUAAUAAUAAAGAUGCUACAUCAUUCGAAGAUGUAAGCCCACAAGGUAUUAGUGACGAUUCUAGUACAGGAUCCAGAGUUCAUGGAGUCCAGGAAAGUAACUGUGUAGAGGUUUUUGCUCCCUCCAUCCGUGGCGUCUCUACAAUGUGCAGGGUUCCUUGUCAGAUCUGUUCUUCCAGACCAGCCAGCCUUGAUAGUGGCAGAACAUCCACUAGCAAUAGCAAUAAUAAUGCCUCCCUUCAUGAAGUCAAAGCAGGUGCCGUCACUAACCAAAGCAGGCCACAGAGCCACAGCAGUGGAGAGUUUAGCCUGCUUCCCGACCACGACGCCUGGUCCAGCAGCAGCAGCAGUCCAAUCCAGUACUUGAAAAGGCACACUCGCUCCAGCCCCGGGCUCCAGCACAAAAUGCCGGAAACCCCGGACAGCCAAGGCUACCACAGGAUCAAAACCGGCUCCCCCGGGAGUGAGGUUGUCACUCUACAGCAGUUUUUAGAAGAGAGCAACAAGCUUACCUCAGUACAGAUCAAAUCAUCAAGCCAAGAGAAUCUUUUAGAUGAAGUAAUGAAAAGCUUGUCUGUCUCCCCUGACUUUAUGGGAAGAGAAAAGACAGUGAAACAAUCAGCCGUCGGCUGUGGUAUUUCCAGGUCAGUAAGUGUGAGAUGCACAACUGAUUUCUCCGACGGAAAGCCAACAAAGCCGGAACAGUUUGUGUUGCCAAACCCUCGAAAGACUGAAGACUCCCACUUCAGCAGCUCUUCCGGAAAGUCUGGCCCUCAGACAAAGGUCAAGUUAGUAAAAGAAACUUCCCUGUCGCGACAAUCAAAAGAUCAUAACCCUUACGCUACGUUACCUCGGGCGAGCAGUGUGAUAUCCACCGCCGAAGGAACUACGCGGAGAACGAGCAUUCAUGAUUUUUUGUCCAAGGAUAGUAGACAGCCCGUGUCGAUCGAUCCGUCGCCUUCCGCUACCGAUAUCACCUUCUCCUCGACACCUAAUGUGGAAGCUAUCCAAGAAAGCAGAAAUUCAAAAAGCAGGUCUAGGGAGCAGCAAAGCUCCUAAUUCUUUAUCCCACUACAUGAGAUGUGGGCCAAGUGAGAGAGAAAAGUGUCCUUCAGUAUCUCAGUAUGAAGCCUUUAUUUCUGAAGUAACAAGACAGCCGACUAUAGGAUCCGUUUUUAAGAAUAAAAUCUCUGAGGGAACUUUUAACAAUCCUUCGUGAGUAGAGCAGGCAAGAAAUGCAAACCUACCUUCCUUCCUUCCUUGAAUCAAGGAAUGCUACUGGAGUCAACUGCCGAAAUUUUUAGAAGGUCUUAGGAUUUAUUGCACAUUGCACUGUUAAGAUCUACUGAAUAAAGGACAGUUUUCCUCUCCUAAGGACCAUGUUCUUUUAAGGUCUCAAGAAUUACUCCGGGAACAAUCUACUUCUUCAUCAUCAUCUGUGUAUGAAUUUAGCCCUUGAUUGCUUACAGCUUCUGCUAAUAAUUAGCCAGAUUUAGCCAUUUAUAUUUAGUUCUGUAAAUCUGAAUUCAAUGCUGUUGUACUUUGUGGAACUGUACUGUAUAUACUGGUACAAAGAACACAAACUUUUGGCGAGGCCCUGCUUUAUUUGGUUGGCGUGUUGCUCUUCUUUAAAGGAAAACAAAACAAAACAAAAACCCGCUAAUUAUUUUGGUGCACACUGCAAGAGGAAUUUGGUUUAUAGGCAAAUGGGUGAACAACUCCAUAAUAAAAUGGAGGUUAUGAAAAAUUUAACACAAACUCAUAUGAGUUUCGUAUUUGCGAUGAAGCAACCCAAAAGCAUUCAGACCUGGAUGCAGAUUAGUGAAUGAUUUUCUAAACUUUUUUUGUAAGGUGAUUUUUCAACAAAUGGUACGCCCAGGAUAAAUUGGUCUUUUGUUAAAUAUUUUAACUCAUUUCUUUGUGUUUGUUUUGUAUUGGGUUUUUUGGACUUGAGAGCUGACUGUUGCCUAAGAGAUUUUCUUAUGGCAAAAUACAAUGUAAAUAAUUUCUUACAAUCUGCAUUUUCCAAGAAUUCCGUUAUCUAGUCUCCUUAAUUGGACCAUUUCUUUUUUGUCCUUUAUAAGCCUCCAUUAAAAUUGCUCAUUGUAAUUGGUACUUUUGAAACAUUUUUAUGCAUUUGUUAUCUGAAACAUUUGCAAGAAGCACAACAGAAUAGAUUUAGUUAAUCCAGGGAAACACAGAUUUUUCAGUAGUUCCCAUUUUAUAUUACUAUCACAGUUUUAUUUUCUUACCAAUCCCGAAGUGCAUUAAUAUUUUUGUUAAUGCAAAUGUAUUAUAUAACUCAAUCCGCAUUUUUACCGAGAUUCACAAUAUUCUCAAAGAUUUAAAAUGAGAACCUUUUUUUUUUUUUCUGUUUUCAGUUUUUAGCAGUUCACUUUGCAAGCUCUCAUCCAAGCUCCAAAGAUGUUUGUGGGGUAUUUCCAUAUUAAAGUGUGUAGUUUGGGAACUCUGUAUAAGUUUCAUCACUGACUCAGCAACCACAAGAAAAAAGUCCCUUUUUUUGUCUUGUAGGGACUAGAAAUAGAACUGGGCUCUUGUCAUCUCAGAAGGACCCAAAUCCUUACAUGAAAAUAAAAGCAGCAGAAUAUCUGGAUCGGGAGUUAUCAAUUUGGGUCCAUUUCUAAUGCCAAUGACUCGGCCUCGGUUCCUCCAUCUUUAAGACAGGCGUAAUAGUAUACCACCACUGCAUGUUAUUGUGUUCUUGGAAUGAAAGGUGCUGUAUAAAUCCAAAGGAAAACUAAAGGGUUUUAAAAAAAAAAAAUCAUCUAAUGACUAGACCGCCAUUAAAAAUCUCUUCUUCAAAACUGUUUUUUUUUCCAAAUUUUUUAAUGUCUGUCAUAAGUCGCAGAUCUAAGAUAACAUUAAUAGAGGGCAGGUUGGAAAUUCUGUAGCUUUUGACGGCAUCCCUCCCUCAGUCACACAGUCAAACCCGUGGAUUGUCUCAAAGGAGUAAUGGCUAUUACUCCAAUCUAGAUCAACUUGCUUAUUAAAGCGUCAGUUCAUUAUACACUAAAAAUGCAGAACAUGAUGUCAGCUCAAUAUGAAAAAUCGAGAGAGACGGUGACCAGCUCCUAAUCUGCCUUAAUGGAACCGAAAGGGAAAUGUGCCGUUUACCGGAUAGGAAAGGAGAUGGACAGAGGAGUGCCGCGUCAAAUGCCGACUUCUCCGUGACCAAACGGAUAUAGCGAAUGCCGCGGGGAUCGCCGGGGGUCCGGCCGGGCGUAAAACGACCUCAGAAGAGGAAGGUGCCCAAGGGUAGCCUAGGUAUUCCCAGUUGGGAGUGGGCUUGGAAUUCCUUCAAACGGCCACCGUCCCGCUCUCUUACCGAUUUCUUGGGUACCACAGUUCCGCUCAGGGAUACUAGGCGAGGGGAAGGGAAGAGGAAGCUUGCAGGGUUGCUCUGUCUUCGGCUCUCCGUGUCCUCUCUGUAGGUCCGAUUAUGAAGCCGCCGGUUGUUUUCAUACAUUGCCUUCUCUGCCACACAGGAGACCUGCAAUCCUAGAAGUUGACAUGUGUUUUUCUGCCGGCCGAGGCCCGGCCUGCCCGUUUAGCGGGCAGACCUCCCUUCGAUGAUCGUCUCAGCGGCAAGCCGGGAAGGAAUUCCAGGAAUAGAUAAACGGCUUCAUAGCAGUGCCCCCGGGGUGGCCUCCGCCAACGUUGUUUUCCGGCUAGGAAGCAACUAGCAAUAGAAGGACCGUCCUGGGUGGUAUGACAAAACACGUUUUCGGUGCAAGCGGACGUCGGUUGCCCGUUUAGACGACGCUAGGCUGGCUCCCGAAUCGAAGCCAAUGGUUUUCAGAUGUGUUGCGCCAAAUUUGAAGUUGCACUGGGGGAGUAAUAAUAAUAGGCGAUAGACGGUUUGCAUUUUAAAUUUCAUAUAAAGGGGUGUUUUGGGGUUGUUUUUUUCUGGUCCUGUUUAAUCCCAGGAUGUGUAUUUCUUUUAAACUUCGGGGAUGAACAGAUCUAAAAAGGAGCCCGUUGCAAAUAAAAACCUCGCUGUACGUGUUUAGAUAUUUUGACAGUAAUGGAAAUGCCUUAAGAGGAAUGCUCAUUAGUCCAUCUGCACUUAAACUCCAUGCAAUGGAAUCUUAUUUAAACCUGUCUUCUCUUUAUCUUUUAAGGGCUCUCUUUUUCAAUGUCUGACAUUGUAUGCUUCUAUCUGUUAUUAAAAUACCAAAUCAAAUG